AGCCCACCACGAGGUCGGAGUCACGGGGGCCCCACCGCUGGGCGCCCGAGGGGCGCGCCAGAGCACCUAUCAGCUGCUCCGGGAGGUUGUGAGCGACUAGUGGGUGGCGAGCGGAGCUUGGGCGUGUGCUGGGCGCUCGCUGGCUGGGCUCGUCUGGUGCACACGCAUACAUUGUCCAAGCCUGCACCGUCGCUCGCCACAGCAGCGGCCCCCGAGCGAGCGGGCGUGGUGGUGUCUGGUGCCAAUGCGGGGAGGGCGCUGCAAGCAGGGGGCUCCUCCGCCGCCUCGGUGGAAAGUUCAUCAUUGCAACGAGCCAACAGACCAUUGACUAAGUGCAAAAAGCCUUCUAGAGGCUAAGGGACGGAGGAUCUGUGGAUCUCUCCAGGGGUUUUUCCUUCCCUCCAUGCAAACUUUGCAUCCCCCUCCCUACGCUUCCUUUAAGAAGCUCCGGAGAAAGUGCAGCAUUAUUCCUCUGCCUUGUAAGGAAAGCAGCCUGGUGGGGUAAACGGAACUGGAAAUGGUGCACUGAGGAGCAGAAUAUAAAUAUUGUCAAUAAAAACAAUAGCAACAUUAUUAACUGCUAUGAAAAUGGAGAUGAAGGGGAACCCAACAGGUUAAUCAUGAUGAAACUGCUUGAAAGAGAUCAGGUGGCUGUGUUGAACUGGGGUUGGCCAGAAGAUGACGGAGUACAAGCUAGUGGUGGUUGGAGCUGGUGGUGUUGGGAAAAGUGCUCUGACUAUUCAGCUUAUCCAGAACCAUUUUGUUGAUGAAUACGAUCCUACAAUAGAGGAUUCUUACAGAAAGCAAGUAGUCAUUGAUGGAGAGACCUGUUUGUUAGACAUCUUGGACACAGCAGGUCAAGAGGAGUACAGUGCCAUGCGAGACCAAUACAUGCGAACAGGAGAAGGCUUUCUUUGUGUCUUUGCCAUUAACAACACCAAAUCCUUUGAAGACAUUCAUCAGUACAGGGAGCAAAUCAAGAGAGUGAAAGACUCUGAUGAUGUCCCCAUGGUACUGGUGGGGAACAAGUGUGACCUUCCCGCCCGAACUGUGGAAACAAGGCAAGCCCAAGAGCUGGCCCGGAGCUAUGGGAUUCCCUACAUAGAGACAUCAGCCAAAACUAGACAGGGAGUUGAAGAUGCCUUCUAUACUUUAGUGCGGGAAAUCCGGCAGCACAAACUACGCAAGUUGAACCCCCCAGAUGAAAGCGGCCCAGGCUGCAUGAAUUGUAAAUGUGUUAUAUCAUGACCAAGCUGACCAGAAUGUGACUUUUGAGGGGGUUUCCACUGUGCAUAGUGUGAAAGGAGGUGAUGUCAAAGAAGAAUCAAAUGGAUUCAAGGGAAGGGGACAGGUGACAAUGGUGUCUUCAGGUCCUAAGAGCUCUGCACAGCCUGUCUCAAAACUUCACCAAGGCCUGCAAUGAACAAUUUUUUUACAAACACAAACCAACCCUCCCCUCCUCUUCUUGCCUCCUUCCCUUCUGGCAACUUGUACAAAAUCCACAGAUUGAAACUUGGUAAAUUAUUAUACAAUGGUCUUGACACUGGUCUCUGCAUCUGCCCCUAUUCCAGUGCAUGUGGCUGCCCUCGCCUGUCCUUCUGGAGUAGGCAUUGGCAGAGGGGAGGGGAGGAAUGUGCAGAGAGAGCAGGGAUGUGCGUUGUUCCUUCAAUCUGUUGGCGCUAAUAGUGGCAGGUGGCAACAACUGAUGAGGUUUGAUGAAGAAGCCUUUUAGAAAAGGAGAAAUUGUGUCAUUUCUGGUUUGAAUGGCUCCAUGACUGCAGCGGGAGACUGAUGCCCUUGUAUCUCAGGAGGAGGGCUAGUUGUUGGCCACAAAACAAGCCUUUUUGGACGGCUCUGCCAAGAUGCUCCACCUGGCUAGCCUCUACUGGAGGGGAAAGCUGCAUGCUCCCAAGUGCUCUCAACCAUUUCCUGUGGCUGUGAGGGGGGCACAAAGAUACCUCUUUAUAAACAGUUUCCAUGCUAAUCUCAAAUUCCUAAUCCCAGACAGUUUUCAUUCAUCCCCAUCCGUAGUUCACCCUUCUGUAAUCAUGGAAGAGUAUUUACCUCUCUGUUCCUGACCACUGCAACUCUCCCCUAUGUCAGAAUAAUUUAGCCAUUUUUCUUUGCAAAAAGAAGCCAUCCUGUCUGGUGGAAGUUCCCUGCAGGCCUGGAUUGUGUCCUCAAGAGUCGGGGGGGCGGGGGGAGGGAGAUGGUAUUUCUUUAUGUGUCUUUUUUAGUUUUUUCUUUUGUGGUGCUGGGCAAACGUAUGUUUAUCUGUAAAUAUAUAAAUGACUAUACAGCAACAUUGAUGGAGACUGAAGGACGUUUGAUUCUAAAAUUGUGUUCCACUGAGCCCGACUUACUGUCUGGGGGGUUGAAGGGACCAACCCCUUGUACCUAUUGGGAGGGGGGUAUGGGAAGCUGUGCUAUCUUUUUUCCUAAACCAUUGUGUCUUAUGGGUGGGGGAGGGGGAGGAGGGGGUUAUUUAGUGAGUCAGAACUGUCACUUAUUGGCUCUCCUGUUUAUUGUAAGCUUGGCCUUUUCUGAGCAGAGUUUCUAAUGCUUGUUGCCUGUGCUGGGGCUGACUUCAUUGAUGUGCUUGUGCAAAACUUGUGUACUUCCUGGAGGUGGAACAAGGCACUGGAGCACCGUCUUGUUCCUUGUUCUGACCUUCCUCGUUUGCAGCCGCUGUGCCUACGCUACUGCAUGCACAGCUCAGAUUGUUCUUCAAGUGGCAGCUCCUCUGUAUUAACUGUGACCAUGAUCAUGCCAAUUAUACUUGCUGUGAUUAAACGUUUUUCCAAUAAGAUAGCAUAAUCAGGUGCUUGGCCAUGGCCGAGUUAAAGUGAACCAGUCCAAUAAUUACAUAACAGGUAUGACUUUAAAAAUUAUCUGGGGAAGGGGGUUGCUCCACUGUUGGGGGUGUAAAAGAAAAUCCAAACCCAGCCUUAAAUGUCAUUAAAGUGUUUUGUUC